AUGUUAGAAUGCGUAGAGGAAGGCGAUGGCGGUGAGGAAGAGGACCGUCAUGCGCAGUGUCGAGGUCGUCCCGGCGCUGUUUUGGAUGAUUUCGACCGUCGAGUUGUAGCCCUUGCAGCGAAUCUUGUUGGCUUCGCGCUGGAUCGAGUCGCGCAGCUUGAUCACUUGGACAAACUCGGUCGAGAGCGGCGUCAGCUUGCCCUUCUCGACGAUGCCAGAGAUUGUGUUGUUGAGCUCUUCGGCCAAGAGCCGCUCGGCGAGGACGUUGUGGAUGUUGCUAAAGUACUGCGGCACAGACUUUGCCAGCGCGUCGCACUGCUGGAAGAGCGGCAUCGAAAAGCAAAUGUCGUUGAUGGUCGCGAGGUGCGUGUCGGUUGUGAGCCCAUUUGCGCAGUCGCCGACGGGCUUGCCCCACUCCAUAGCCUCCGAGAGCUUGGACCGGAGGUACGAGGCUUGCGCCGGCGUCACAGAUGCGUUCUUAAAAAGAAGACCUUCGAGAUAAAGGUCGGCGUUGCGGCCAGCCGAGUUGACCAUGUCGGUCACUUGGUCGUUGGCGCGGUUGCACUCGGACUGUGCUUCGAGGUCGUUGCACGAGCUGCGUCGGUAGUCGCUUUUGCUCGUGCAGGCAGGGAAGCUGCACUGCGGCGGGCAGUAGCAGCGCGCGUCAACGAGCGUCGCGAGCAAAGCCAACACGAGCAGUAG